ACACAGUAGCUGUCUACUGCCUCCCUGCUACCCACCACAGACUGACACAAGGGGCGAGAGACGUCACAGAGAGACAGUAUGCAGCUUGCCACAGCCUUCAAACGUGUGUAACGUUAGGGUGCAGGAUGUAAAUAAAAUGUGUUUUGUUAUUCCCCUUAGGUUUUGGUCUAGAUAUGGGGCAUGGAUAAAAAUCAAAAUAGCAUUAAAGAUAGACAUUCAUGAUUAUAUAGGUAAUGACAUAAGUAUUCUCUGGUUCAAACGGUAGGUAUUUGUAUUCUUUAACGAAGUCUAAACCCCUUGCUUUAAAAGCAGAGGACAGUAAAAAACGGGAUAAAGAAGGGUGAGGACCGGGAAUACUGGAAAGCUCUACGCCGGCUUCCGGACAUUCGGGGCGGCAUCAAAGCUGCAGUCAUCGCUAACUGGGACGCCAAACAUCGUCGAUAUAGGAUUGUAAAUCGCAUCAAAUUGUAAAGGGUGGUAUUUUACCAUGUCCAGAAAAGUCCAAAGAAGCGAGGUGUGUGCCGACUGCAGUGCGCCAGAUCCCGGCUGGAGCAGUAUAAACCGAGGGGUGCUGAUCUGCGAUGAGUGCUGCUCUGUGCACCGGAGCCUUGGGCGGCACAUCUCCAUUGUUAAACACCUUCGGCACAGUGGCUGGCCCCCUUCCUUGCUACAGAUGGUGCAGACCUUGGCCAGUAAUGGUGCAAACUCCAUUUGGGAGCACUCCUUACUGGACCCUGCACAAGUACAAAGUGGUCGCAGGAAACCAAACCCACAAGAUAAAGUCCACCCCACCAAGUCUGAGUUCAUCCGUGCCAAGUAUCAGAUGCUAGCCUUCGUCCACAAACUGCCCUGCCGUGAUGACGAUGGGGUCACCACCAAGGACCUCAGCAAGCAACUGCAUUCAAGCGUGCGAACGGGGAGUCUGGAGACGUGUUUACGGCUGCUGUCUCUCGGGGCUCAGGCCAACUUCUUUCACCCUGAGAAGGGCACCACGCCACUGCAUGUGGCCGCCAAGGCUGGCCAGGUCCUGCAGGCGGAGCUGCUUGUGGUGUACGGAGCUGACCCUGGAGCACCGGACAUCAACGGCCGCACGCCCAUGGACUAUGCUAGGCAGGCGGGCCAGGUGGAGUUAGCCGAGCGCCUGGUCGAGUGCCAGUACGAGCUGACGGAUAGGCUGGCCUUCUACCUGUGUGGUCGACGCCCAGAUCACAAGAAUGGGCAUUAUAUCAUCCCUCAGAUGGCAGACAGAGCUCGCCCUAAGUGCCCGACACAGAGCCUGGAUCUCUCUGAACUGGCUAAGGCUGCCAAGAAGAAGCUCCAAGCGCUGAAUAACCGCUUGUUCGAGGAGCUGGCCAUGGACGUGUAUGAUGAGGUAGACCGCAGGGAGAAUGACGCCGUGUGGCUGACGACUCAGAACCAUAGCACGCUGGUCACGGAGAGGAGUGCUGUCCCUUUCCUGCCGGUCAACCCCGAGUAUUCGGCCACACGCAACCAGGGUAGACAGAAGUUGGCCCGUUUCAACGCACGGGAGUUCGCCACCCUCAUCAUUGAUAUCCUCAGCGAUGCUAAGCGACGGCAGCAGGGCAAGAGCCUGACAAGUCCCACCGAGCCUCUUGAUGUGGGCCAGCCAGACGACGACCAGCACGACUACGACAGUGUAGCCUCAGACGAGGACACAGACAGCGAGCUGACCACGCAAAACAACACCAACGCCCAGCGCAGCAACCGCGCCAAGAGUAUGGACUCAUCAGACCUGUCGGACGGGCCCAUCACGCUGCAGGAGUACCUGGAGGUGAAGAAAGCCCUGGCCUCCUCUGAGGCCAAAGUCCAGCAGCUCAUGAAGGUCAACAACAACCUGAGCGAGGAGCUAAGGAGACUUCAGAAAGAGAUCUCACGGAUGCAGACGGAGAACAUUGUACUGCGGGGGGCCCAGGCUGGGGGGCCGGGGGCUCUGGGCGGUGGCGGCGGCCCGGUGCUGUGGCCUGGCGGGGCCAGAGGAGUGACGGGGGGAGGUAGUGUAGGAGGGGUGGGUGACUCCACCCUGGCUACGCCCUCCUCGGCCCCGCUGCGAAGGGACCGGCAGGCCUUCUCCAUGUAUGAGCCCGGAGCGGCUGCCCCCAAAGCCCUCGCCCCAGCGCUGGACUCCCUGACCGGUCACCUGCAGCCUCUCGGUCCCAGUGUACGAAAAGGGGUUCCUGUAGGCCCCUCCUCUUAUGGAGGACCACACCUAUCAGCAUCCAUGGAAGUGGGGAGAUAUAUGGCUGCAAAACCAGAGAAACAUGGUAGCGGCACAGACAGCGAUUAUGACAACACCCAAACAUAUGACCCCUCACUUGGUGUGGGCCGCAGCAGUGAAGAGGAGAGCCGAGGGGAGGUAGAGGAGUGUGAUGCAGGUGAGCCAGAUCCCACGCUGCCUUGUACCGAGGAUGUGAUUCUGAAGACGGAGCAGGUCACCAAGAACAUCCAGGAACUCCUGCGAGCAGCUCAGGAGUUCAAGCAUGACAGCUUCGUGCCGUGCUCCGAGAAGAUCCACUCAGCCGUGACUGAAAUGGCCUCUCUGUUUCCUAAGAGGCCGGCGCUGGACGCCGUGCGCUCCUCACUGAGGCUGCUGGCGGCCAGCGCCUCGCGCCUGCAGGUGGAAUGUCGCAAAGCUGCACCGUCGGAGCCGGCAGCCAGCGCUGUGGACUACCAGCUCCUCACGCAGCAGGUCAUCCAGUGCGCCUACGACAUCGCCAAGGCUGCCAAGCAACUUGUCACCAUCACCACCCGCGAGAAGAAGCAGUGACUUGGGAGGGUGAUUGGCCACGGCAGGCCCUGGUGGGCAGGGGCUUGGAACUGAACGGGAGGCGGGCAUGGGGUGCACACCACAGGAACGGGACAGGAGGGGACACACCAGUGGUGAAGGGAGGGACUGGAAACUGGAAUCGAAUCACAGGGAGCUACUGAGGAUCAGAACAAAAUGGAUAGUGGAUAGAGAAAUGACGUUGUAUGUUGACAUGCAUGUUGUAUGUCAGGGAUGAUGAAAAUAUCUAAGGAAUGAAAGAAAGAGUUGGAUAUGGCAAAAGUGUCAAAGGAAGCUCCGAGCAGCUCUCACCACCGAAACAGAGAGAGGGUGGCAUCUUGGGAGACCCCUGUAGGAGCGGCUCAAAACAUCUCAUUUUUCUUCUUCUGCUGUUAUUGGGAACCUUUUCUCUUUUACACACACGCCUGCACACAAGUACAGUCCAGUGCUGGUGGCCUUUCAGCACACUCAUGCUGCUCUUCUUUUUUUUUUUUUUUUUUUUUUUGGUUUGCGCAUUCAAUACUGAGACACACACACACACACACACACACACACACACACACUCAUACACUCAUGGAAGCACACUCAGCCAGACCUGUUCCAGAGAACUAGAUCACAGCCCCUAGCACCAUCGCGUGUGUGCUCCUUCCCCUUCCUCCUUUCUCUUGGCUUUCAUUUUGCUUAAUCUUCCUCCUUCCUUGAUCCACAUUUAUUUUUGUAUGCCACUCCUUUGGCCUGUACCUCUUGGGAGAAACGCUCAGACUUAAUACGGAAACACUUACACUGGAAUUAUUGUAAUGUUUAUGAUGAUAGUUUUGUAUUAAUGUUAUGAUUAUCAUUGUCAUUGAUAUUUUGUUAAAUGUAAAUUUAUUAUUUUUUUUUUUUUCUUUUAUUUGUAUCUCACUUGGUCACGAGGGGGGCACUCAGCUCUUAUUCACAGUAUUGGGGUGUACACAAAUCUGUGAAAAGAUUCCAUAUGAUCACAGCGAACCCUCACCUGCACUCCAGGGGAAGACGUUUUGAUCCCUGAAAGCCCCCCUGCACAGGUGAGUGAGAGGGAGAGGGAAGAAUGGUGGUGAGUGGUGACCCUCUCUCUUUUGAGCACAAAAUGACAACAUCCGGCACUUAGCUGGAAAGCUUACGUGUGCCAGUGGAAGGAGGGAUGGCCAGCUGUUGCGCCAGCACCAUGGCCCAUGCCUCCAAUCAUCUCAUCUUGGGCCCCAGCACUAUGGGGCCACGCUGAGGAAAGCACAGACGUGUUAGCUCAUUGGUUUUGCUUUCACCAGCCAGGGAACAGAAGUUGUGUAUGAAGAGCUCUGGUCACAUGUUCAAUCUCCUGCUCUUCCAUCAUACUUCCUUUGACAGUACCAAAUUGGCUUCUUUAGUAGUGUAGGGAGUUGGGGAACAUUUAUGUGAACUCUUAUUUUAUUUUGGACCAGUUGUUUUGUUUUAUCUAGUAAGCUUUAUCCUAUAU